CGUGUGACGUCACGACUUCUGGUCAUAAUAAACUUCGGAACGCAUGCAGUGGCUCUUUGCUGAUUGCUGAAGCUUCUUACGUUGUGCGAACGCUGAAGCAGAAUACUUUGAUUUUUUUAUGGUUUUAAGGUUGGAUGUAUUUUAGAGAGUUAUUAAAAUGCCGGGUAGAUGCUGUGUACCAUUAUGUAAGGGAAACUACCCAACAGGACCAAAAGUGUCUGUAUUCUCCUUUCCUAAAAAUGAAGAUUUGAAGAGAGAGUGGCUUUCUGCAAUCCAACGGAAAGACUUUUCACCCAAAAAGAGUUCAAAGGUUUGUGAAUUGCAUUUCAAGGAAAGUGAUUUUAAAGUUGAAGCUUCAGCAUUUGAUUCUAAGAAUGGAAUUUUAAUUUCUGCUCCACUUCAGAAAGCAUUGCGUGAAAGCCUUAAAGAAUAUGAAAUGUAUAAUAAUGAUUUGAAAAUUAAUUGUUCUAAUGAUAUUUUGUCAUGUAUUGAUCGCUAUGGAAUAUCAGCAUUUUGGCAUGUAUACACAGUUCCAGAUACCUCAACUGUUUGCUUUAUUCAUAUUGUUUUUAGUCCUGGGCCAUCAAUUGAUUAUUCUGUAGUUGUGAAUGACAAUCAAGAAAUGUCUGUAUUUAUUAAAGAAAAAUCUAUUAUGCAAUUAUCUCCUUACACAUUCCCACAUAAAGUUACAAAUUUUAAUGAAAUUAGGACUGUUUUAGAUAAAUUGGCUAAUCUUCAAACCAAAGAGUUAAAUUCAAAAUUAACCAUAACAAUUGAUAUAAUUAAUGAAUUACUGCAAACUAUCUCUAACGACAAAAAUGAGAGCAUUAUUAAAUUUUUGCAAGACCAGAUGAAUCUUUUACUUUGCCCUAAAAAUAAUUUUAGAUACAAUCCUGAUGUACUAGUGUUAGCAUGCUUGUUAAAUACUAUAUCACCACAUGCAUAUAAAUUUUUAAGGGAUAGUGGCAGUAUUAUUAUGCCUCAUCCUUCGACUUUAAAAAAAAUUUGUAGCAAUUUAGUAUUGUCACCAUGUAAUGAAACUAUUGAUAAAAUUUUUUUAAAAUAUAUAAAAAAUCGUGUAACUUUCCUUGAGGAUCGAGAAAGAAAAGUGAUUCUUUUGGUAGAUGAAAUUUAUGUUCAGCCAUAUUUUGAUUACAAAGGAGGCUCUGUCGUUGGGGCUGCAUUUGAUUCUUCCAGUCCGGCAACCAGUGCAUUUGCUUUUAUGAUAUCCAGUUUGGAAUCUUCAUUCAAAGAGGUAGUACAUAUUAUGCCUGUUAACACAAUAAAUUUUGAAACAUUACAUUAUGUAAUUAAAAAAGUGAUUAGAGGUCUUGAAAAUAUGGGAAUUAUUGUUAUUUGUGUUAUUACAGACAACAAUGCAAUAAAUAGAAAAGCCAUGAGUUUGUUUUCAAAUCCACCACGUAAUUCAUUUGUUUACAAACAUCCAAUGAAUGGGAAUAGGCCUCUUUUCUACAUAAUAGAUGCAGUUCAUUUAUUUAAAAAUAUAAGGAACAAUUGGCUGAACCAGAAAAAUCCUGGUACAUGUAUGUUUUUUCCAAAUAUUGAAGAUCUUUCAAAGAAGCACUUCAAAACUGCUUCGUUUAUGUCUUUGAGAAAGCUACAUGAAAUUGAAAAUGACCAACUGAUUACAUUUUCUAAUGGUUUAACUCUAAAAAGUCUUUCACCUUCUAAUUUAGAGAAACAAAACAUUAAACUGGUUCUUAAGAUUUUCAAUAAAUUUACUAUUGAAGGUCUGAUUCAUUUGGGUCCUUUGCAUGAAAUACCACACUAUUCAGAUACAUCUGAGUUUAUAUCCAUAAUAUGCAAAUGGUGGGAUAUUAUGAAUGUUAAAACUAUGUUUAAAGGUAUACAUCAAAAGAGUGAAUUUAUGAAGCCAUUAACAGCAGAUGAUUCUGAUCCAAAAGUUAUUUUCCUCAAUCAGUUUCUUAACUGGUUAGAUGCAUGGGAAUCAAUGAAAUGUUCAACAGGCAUGCUUACAAAAGAAACUCAUGCAGCUCUCAAACAAACUACUUAUGGUAUACUGGAGUUGACUAGAUAUUGUGUUGAAGAGCUUGGAAUGAAAUAUAUACUUCCAGGAAAAAUUCAGACUGAUGCUCUUGAAGCCCGGUUUGGUAAAUACAGACAACUUUCUGGUUCUCAGUAUCAUAUUUCAAUGAGACAGUUAUUAGAAUGUGAAAAAAAAUUAAGAAUACAAUCAAGUAUUAAGUUAGAAUUGAUUAUUAAAAAUACUACUGUCCCUUUAACAUCAUUUGAAUAUGAUGAUAAUCUUCAUGAUAUUAUAGAAUUAGAUAAUACAGUAUAUUACCCAUCAUUAAAUAUUACGGAGAGUGAUGUGAAGGGCAUUAGUAGCCAUCUGCCAGUUCUGACUUAUUUGGGUGGUUACUGUUGUCAUGCAGUUUUAAAGAAAGUGAAAUGCUGUACCUGCAAACAAAACAUUACAAUAAAUUCCACAGUUAAUCAUGAUCAAACGUAUGAUCUUAUAAAGAAUCUUGAUCGUGGUGGACUCAGGUGGCCAAAACCAUUUAUUGUAAAUAUAAUUAUGUAUAAUUAUUUAAUUGUAAAUAAGCUGUGUAGUGAAGAAUAUGAAGAUUUUUUGUUGGAACAAAAUCAGAGGAAAAUUGUUGCAAAUUUGACUUUUAAAAUUUUAGAAUUAAAAGAAAUGCUCUUUGAUGAUAUUAUUUGUGAUAAUGGUCAUACAAGUGAAAGUAUAAGCAAACUGAUAAUUUGGAUAUCAACAAAUAUCAUGCUCAAGAAUCUUUGCAAUAGGAAAAAUGACGAUAUUAAGUCCAAUAAAGAAAAAAAAAAGAAAACUUCAGACACUUGCAAAGUAACAUUGAUGCUGUCUUUAAAAGUAAUUUUUAAAGUUCUCUCAAACUGCAUCUUUGCUAAAUAUCUACGUGUCAUCUUUGGUGAGCAGCUGAGAUUUAAGAAGCAUGUUUGUUAUACAUUUAAAUUGCUUUAUGCCAAAAUUUAUUUUGGACUUGUAUAUAUUAUUCUUUGCUUAUUUAACCAAGUUUUUAAUAUUACUCAAGAUUUUAUAUAAUUUUUAAUUUGCUUUAUACUAAGUUACUUCUCAAGGUCCUGAAAUUUCUAUAUUGUAUUUACAAGCGCCUUUGCUAAAUAUCUACGUGUCAUCGUUGCUGAGCAGCUGAGAUUUAAGAAGCAUAUUUAUUAUACAUUUAAAUGCUAAAUAUCAUAAUUUAUUCUGGACUUGUAGAUAUUAUUCUUUGCUUAUUUAGUUAUUUAACCAAGUUUUUGGCAUUACUGAAGAUUUUAUAUUUAAAAUUUUCUUUAUACUCAGUUACUUCUCAAGUUCCCAAGUUUCUAUUUUGUAUUUCAAUUGUGUUUCUUAAAAUGUUCAUCAUUAUUUAAGAUUUUGUAUCCUGCAAUUACAUGUCAUAGUGUAGUAGUGUAGAAAGAACAUAUUACAUGGCAUAGUGUAGUAGUGUAGAAAAAAGACAAAUUCCAUAAUGUCUUCUUUCUGCACAAUCUAACUCUAAUAUUUCUAUUUAUGCAAUAAUUGUAUGGACUCUUUCUGGAUAGUACUACAUGUUCAGCUCAAGUAAUAUUUGCUCUUCACAUUAUUCACAGUGAAUAAGCACAAAUCAAUCUACUAAUAUACCCGUGUGGUGACCGGGUGUGAAAGAAUAGUCCCAAUGUAGCUCAUACAUGUCGUAAAAGGCGACUAAAAUGGGUACCCAGCGUCUGGGGGUAUAGCCGGGCACCCUGCCCCUGGGGAUUAUAUCAGGGAACUGGUCCUCCAGGUUGGGGGUUGGGUGUGGGGCUAACUACCCCACCCCAUAAAAAAUCUCACUGUUAAGAAAUCCAAAGAUAGAAUUAGCCGGACUGCUUCUACUGGAAAACGACUUGGAAAUGGCCUAGGGACUUUUCGUUUUGGAACAUGAAAAAUAAGCAAACAGACUAAAAGUUUGAAAAGUUAUUGAAAUAAUUAAAUAAAGAAUGAUGAAGUGUGACUGCAAGGGACGUCCGGUAUCCUUUUCUGUCAUUGCACUUUUCCUGACAUGAUAAGGCUCUACCACGUACACUUUGGUAUUCAUAACGAAGAAAGGAGUGUUUUUAUCAUGAAAUGGCUCUCAGGUGUAAAAAUGCAUAGGAUAUAUCUUAGUUUAUUGAAGUUAAGAAUUGGUGCUUUGUGGACUAAAAAAUAUGUGCAAUAUCCAUUGUCACACCACUCUGUUCAAGAAUAUCGAUCAGUCCUGAAUGAUAAAGAAAAUGAUUAACAAAGGAAUAUCUAGAACUUGAUUGUGUGCAUGAUUUAAUUCCAAAUAUAAGUAUUGGAAUAAUUCAUCCUCCUUAUUUUCAACAAAAACUCUUCAUUUGGUAAUAUACAUUUGUGCUUAUCAGUGUGGUGUCUUGUGUAACAAAUCGUCAGUAUUAUAAAAUAGAUGGAAAGAUCUUUGAUUAUUGCAAGAGCUUUAUGUGCUGAAGAAGUAAAAAAAUGUCCCAGAUAAUUGUGGAUAUUAUGAAACUGAGUAUCAUAAGAAUGGAAAAAUAUUUCUUAAACAAAUUACCUUGUGAUGCAUGUAAUGGGUAUGUUUAUUUUAUUUCAUAUAACUGUAAAUUUAAUUAUUGAUAAUAAGCAAACUUUUUUUUUUUCCCCUAAAAUGCCAUUGGUGUAUUGUCAUUAUUCUAUAUUGACAUGUAUUCUCUUACAUUUAUCAUUGAAACCAGAGAUUUUAUAAUAGAAUAUGGGAAACUUGUGUUGAAGGCCUGUUGAUUGAAAUACAAGUGACCAUUACAUCUUUGGAAUUUGCAUUCUCAUUGCCAAUUUUGAAAAGACAUUCUUUUACAUUUUCUUAAAAAAGUUAACAUUCUAAUGACUUUAGAAGUAAACAUUGGCGACUUCAUAUGAACCAGUCUCUUGGCGAGUUUAGCAAAAAAUUUGCCGAUGGCUUCCCCAUAACAGAACUGUACUGGAUUCUAUACCUGAAUAUUGCAUUAAAAGGAGAGAAAACCAUUUAUUAUGAAGAUAAUAAAUGAUUCAUAUUAUGAAUGUUCAUUUCUUAUAAUGAUCGAGUUUUAUAUUCUUGCAUUGUAUUUCUUUUGUGUCAACACAGAAUAAAUUGUGUUGGAUUUCAGUUAUAAUGAUAUGUGUAAAGAUGCUGUAAUAAAAUUUGUUAUAAAUGUACU